AUGUCGUAUUUUUCAAGGGGUGGUGGUGGAAACAGAGACGAAAGCGUUGAUGAUUUCGACGAAUACGAUCCAACACCAUACGGCGGAGGUUAUGACAUUCACCUAACCUACGGUCGUCCAAUUCCACCCUCUGAAGAAACAUGUUACCCUUCAGGUUCAGCCAAUGAUGAUUUCGAUUACGAUCGUCCUCAGUUUUCGUCUCAAUCUGAACCUUCUGCUUAUGGCGAUGAAGCUCUUGCUACUGAAUACAGUAGCUAUUCUCGACCUAAACCUAGACCUGCUCCUGCUGGUUUUAACCCUGGAUCUGGUGGUGGUUAUAGUGGAUCUGAGUCUGGUGGUGGUUAUGGUGGAUCUGAGUCUGGUGGUGGUUAUGGUGGUGGGAGAAAGCAAGGAUCUGGGUAUGGUGGUGGGAGGCAGGAAUCUGAAUUUGGAUCUGGGUAUGGUGGUGGAGCCCAGGAAUCUGAAUAUGGGUCUGGUUAUGGUAGGAAGAACGAGGGAUCUGAAUAUGGUGAAUCUGGGUAUGGUGGGAGGAAGCAAGAAUAUGGGAGGAGUGAGGAGGAGAGUCAAGGUUAUGGGAGGAAGACUGAGUAUGAGAGUGGUGGAUCGGAAUAUGGAUCGGGGUAUGGUGGGAGGAAGAAGACUGGUUAUGGAGAGGAGGAGGAGGGGUAUGGUGGGAGGAAGAAGACUGGUUAUGGGGAGGAGGAGGAGGGGUAUGGUGGGCGGAAGAAGACUGGUUAUGGGGAGGAUGAGGGAUAUGGAGGAGGAAGGAGUGAGUAUGAAGCAAAACCUAGCUAUGGUAGGAGUGAGUAUGAGGAGAAACCUAGCUAUGGAAGGAGUGAAUAUGAAGAGAAACCUAGCUAUGGAAGGAGUGAAUAUGAAGAGAAACCUAGCUAUGGAAGGAGUGAAUAUGAAGAGAAACCUAGCUAUGGAAGGAGUGAGUAUGGGGUGAAACCUAGCUAUGGAAGGAGUGACGAUGAGGAGAAACCGAGCUAUGGUUAUGAGCGUCCUGAGAGGCGUCGUGAUGAUGACGAUGAUGAUGAGAAACCGAGCUAUGGUCGCAAGAAAUAUGGAGAAGAUAACUCCGAUGAUGAUGAUGAGAGGAAGAAGCAUUACCACAAGAGUCACCAUCGCAAGAGCUAUGAUGAUGACGAGUAA